AAUGUGUUAAGAUGACAUCAUUUCACCUGAGAAUAUCUUAAUUCCAAAUAAUGUAAAUUGUAUAAAAUCAUGCUGGAAAAUUGUAACAAUCAACAGUCCUUUUGAGUUGCUUGCCAUUGACUGAACAAUUUCUGAUCUCAGUAUUUCAUAAAAAUGAAGUUCUCCAUUGUCCUGUUGGUCAUUGCUGGCUUAGUGACAAUAAAAGCCGCAGACAGAGAUUUUUUGUCAAAACAAAAAUUCCUUUUUGAAGUUGUUUUCCGUGUCGAGGAACCCCUGAUGUUUGAGCAAUACAUCAAAUUGGGCAUGAAUUUCAGCUACGAUCAGGAUGAUUAUGUCUUUCCCGAGCAACACAGUGAAAAUAUGGAAAAAUACUAUGAAGCCUAUAAAUAUGGUGUCACCUUGCCGCGAGGCGAAUAUUUUGGUUCUUUGGCCUCCAGCCAUUUCGAACAGAUGUACGGUCUGUUUGAAUUCUUUUACUAUGCCAAGAACUGGGAAAUUUUUCAACGCAAUGUCUGCUGGGCCCGCUUACAUGCCAACGAAGGCAUGUUUGUGCAAGCCCUCACAUUGGCUGUAAUGCGCCGUAAUGAUAUUGAAGGCUUGAUAUUGCCUACCAUUUAUGAGAUCAUCCCCCAACAUUUCUUCAACAGCAAAUUCAUCUAUGAAGCAGAGAAAUUCGAUUAUGAUGUUUGGAGCAAAUAUAUUAUGUACGAAAAGGAAUACAAAGGCUUUUUGUACAAGGACUAUUCUAAAUAUUUCGAGGAAUUUAAAAACUACGAAUUCUUCUACACCAAGGACUUCAAGACGUGGCAAUGGUGGAAGCUCAUGGGUUUGGGAGAACAAUGGUAUGCUGAGGAUAAUUUCAUUAUGCGCGACAAUAUGAACAUCUUCAAUAAUGAUUCCAAAUACUUGGAAAUGAUGAACGAUGUCAAUAUAUUCUAUAUGCCUGUUGACUACACCCGCGAUGUUAAUUUCUUCAACAAGGAAUCUGCAUUGUCUUACUUCACCGAAGAUGUUGAAUGGAACUCGUUCUGGUACUAUUUCAACAUGGAUUACAUUCCCAACUUGAACGGCGAACAGUUCGGUUUGAAAAAGGAUCGUCAAGGUGAAUAUUUCUUUUAUGUUGUACGCCAGUUACUUGCCCGUUAUUUCAUGGAACUUCUGUCUCAUGGGUAUGGAGAGAUUCCAGAAUUAUCGUUCUUCACUGAAGUUGAACAUGGCUAUGAUCCUCAGUUGGUCAACUACAAUGGCGUAGGGUACUCUAGUCGCAAAAACUAUUAUGAAUAUGAAACCUAUGGCAAUUUUGAUUAUAUGCGAGACAUUAUUGGAUUUUUCAAACGUGUGGAGGAUAUCAUUACUCAAGGUCUUUUCAAGACCCGCGAUGGCAAGGUGAUUAACCUGCGCAAACCUCGAUCCAUUGAAUAUCUGGGAAACUUGAUGCAAGGUAACGCAGAUAAUUAUGACACAUAUUUCGCUACCUUUUGGUACCUGAAUGCCCAUAUGUACUUUGCCAAUAUCAAUGGCAAGCAAACCGAGGUUCACCCUAAUGUCUUCUUAAACUAUGAAACCAUGAUGCGUGAUCCCGUGUUCUACAUGAUUUACAAAAAAGUUAAUGACGUCUUUUUUGAAUUCUACGACCAUAUUGAGCCUUACAAGCAGAAGGACUUGAAUUUCCCCGGAGUAGAAAUUGAUAAUAUUAAUGUCAGUGAUUUGGUCACCUACUUCGAUAUAGUUGAUAUUGAUGCAACUAACUUGCUGAACGACAAAAUGACUUUCGUCGAUGGUAAAUUCGUUUGGGAUAAGACUCUGUUGGCCCGUCAAAUGCGUCUCAACCAUAAGGACUUUGAAUUCGAAUACAAAAUUAAAUCGGAUAAGAAACAGAAGGUUGUUAUACGUGCCUUUCUGGGUCCUAAGUUUGACGAGUUCGGCCGUGUUAUUUCGUUAAAUGAAAAUCGUGAAAACUUUUUUGAGAUCGAUGAAUUCUACUACGAACUUAAACCUGGUUUCAACAGCUUCAACCGCAGCUCUAAGGACUUCUACUGGACCACUGAUGAUCACACCACCUACACGGAGUUGUACAAAUUCUUUGAGAAGGCCCUUGAAGGUGAAAUUGAACUACCCUUGGACUACUCAGAACCUCAUUGCGGCUUCCCCGACCGUUUGAUUUUGCCCCGUGGUUGGGAAAAGGGAAUGCCAAUGCAAUUCGCCUUUUUUGUCUACCCGUACACUGCCUUAGGUAAGCCCAACGCCCCCAACUACUCUUGCGGUAAUAGAUCAGGUGUUCGUCAUAUAGGCGAUAUGCCUUUCGGCUAUCCCUUCGAUCGUGAAAUCGAUGAAUUUGAGUUCUUUGUGCCCAACAUGUACUUCAAGGAUGUGAAGAUCUACUACGAAGAUACAUUUGAGAAAUAUUAUGAAUUUAAGUAUGACAAAUUCGGUACUUUUGAUUAUAACUACUAUUAUGACUAUUGAAUAUAUUUGUUUGUAUUAAAUAGUUUAAAUGAUGUGAUAGUGUUUUUAAAUAA